UGUGGUUGUUGUGAGGCACGAGAUUUAUUAAAGACUGAGGUUCAGGUACAUUAUAAUUGUCUUAAACUAUGUUUGUGACACGAAAUUAGAACACCGAACCUUGUAUUAUAUAUUCUUUCAUUUCACCAUGGUUUAGAUGUUAUUUGGCGUUUGAAUUAUAUCAUAAAUUCUCAAUCCGCCAUAUUGCUUGGUAACAUACAGUUAUCUAUCUACCAGUGACUGAUAGAUUGGGUAUCGUGGGUUUGUGUAAUUGUGUAGUAUUUUGUUAUUUCUUAAUUUAAUAUUAUGUCGAAUGUGAAACCUGUUAGUAUUACUCUUAAUCAACCUAAUUUAUCGGCUCAAGAUUUAACUAAACUAGAUAUUAAACAAUUAACUCCUCUAUCUCCUGAAGUAAUCAGCCGACAAGCUACUAUUAAUAUAGGAACAAUUGGGCAUGUAGCGCAUGGGAAAUCUACAGUCGUCAAAGCUGUCUCUGGUGUGCAGACUGUAAGGUUUAAGAAUGAACUCGAAAGGAAUAUUACCAUUAAAUUAGGUUAUGCCAACGCUAAAAUAUACCAAUGUGAUAAUCCUAGUUGCCCGAGGCCUGGCUGUUAUAUAUCAGGAGGUUCGUCCAAAGAUGACACCCUACCUUGUCUACGACUCAACUGCCCAGGUCAUUUCCAGGUGGUGCGACAUGUAUCAUUUGUUGAUUGCCCUGGCCACGACAUUCUUAUGGCUACUAUGCUUAACGGAGCAGCUGUCAUGGAUGCUGCUCUUCUGCUUAUUGCUGGUAAUGAAUCCUGCCCACAACCCCAAACUUCGGAACAUCUUGCCGCUAUUGAAAUCAUGAAACUGAAGCAUAUUUUAAUUCUUCAAAAUAAAAUUGAUUUAGUGAAGGAAGCCCAGGCUAAGGAGCAAUACGAACAGAUACUUAAGUUUGUUCAAGGUACCGUAGCUGAAGGAGCUCCUGUUAUCCCCAUUUCUGCUCAGCUUAAAUAUAAUAUAGAAGUACUUUGCGAAUAUAUUGUAAAAAAAAUUCCAGUGCCGAUGAGAGAUUUCACUUCUCAGCCGAGGCUUAUCGUAAUUAGAUCUUUUGAUGUUAACAAACCUGGCUGUGAUGUUGAUGAUCUGAAGGGAGGUGUUGCUGGCGGCAGUAUUCUACAUGGCGUGCUUACAAUUGGAAUGGAGAUUGAAGUCCGACCAGGCCUUGUCUCAAAAGACAGUGAAGGAAGGUUGACGUGUAAACCUAUAUUUUCAAGAAUUGUGUCUUUGUGUGCGGAGCAGAAUGAACUUUCAUUCGCUGUACCUGGUGGAUUGAUUGGUGUCGGUACCAAAAUUGACCCAACCCUUUGCCGUGCCGAUCGUCUUGUAGGCCAGGUACUGGGUGCAGUCGGGGCUCUUCCGAAAAUCUUUAUUGAGCUGGAAAUAUCUUAUUAUCUCUUAAAGAGGUUACUUGGUGUGAGGAUGGAGGGAGACAAGAAAGGAGCAAAGGUUCAAAAACUGACGAGAAGUGAAGUACUGUUAGUAAAUAUCGGCUCACUUUCGACAGGAGGUAGAGUCACCGCAUCCAGAGCUGAUUUAGCCAAGAUCAGUUUGACCAAUCCUGUCUGUACCGAGAUCGGAGAGAAGAUAGCCCUUAGUCGGAGAGUCGAGAAACAUUGGAGGUUGAUCGGCUGGGGACAGAUACGAGGAGGAGAGACUAUCGAACCAACAACUUGCUAAGCUUUAAUGCUUUGUAAAAUAUUGGUUUUUUAUGUUGACAAUUAUAAUCUGUUUGAACCU